UCGCGCGGCGUGUGUUCAGCUGUCCUAAGACUAAUGUGGCUCACCAGAAACUUGCCUCAUAUUCAAACAAUAAAGGAAUAAACUGACACAACAGCUCAUCUGGAAGAGCAACAGCCUCUGUACUUCAACAUGAGCGACGACACAGACUCCCCUCCUGAGAGGGAAAUGAAGGAUUUUCAGUUUCGUCAGAUGAAGAAAGCAAGAGUCUUUGACACUUCUGAUGAUUUGCCAAAAGAAAGAACUAGUCUGCUCACCAUCUCAAACAAAUUUGGUUUAACUAUUGUUGGCCUUGACAGAACAUUCAAAGUGUACCAAACUCAAGACAUUCUGGCUGCUGAUAAAAUUGACGGCAACGCAAAUGAUAUAGUUGAUGGGGUAACAGCGCUGGCGGAAGUGACUGUGGAACUGGCCCUGCACCACUUGGCUCUCAGUUGUGAUGAACUUACUUUGUCAGUAUGUGGCAUGUCUGAUGAGGCGGGUUUGUCCCUCAUGUUCUAUGAUGUCCGCACCUUCAUAAACAAGGCAAGACCGCAGAAGUUACCUUUUGCAUCACUUCUGCCAGCAGUACCCUCUGGCACUUUAGUGCAGGACCUGAAGUGGAAUCCUGUGCAGGCAACCAUGUUGGCCGUCUGUUUGUCUGACGGCCGCAUGAUGAUUUUGGAUGUUACUGACAGUGUAAAGGUGCAGAAUGAGCUUCCUGCUUCAAGUGGCAUCACAUGCAUUUGCUGGAGUCCAAAAGGAAAACAAGUCGCUGCAGGAAAAAUGGAUUCCACUGUCAGUCAGUAUACACCAGCGUUAGAAGAAAAGAAAGUUAUCCAAUGUCCAAACUUCUACACCUCUGAGGACCCUGUCAAAGUUCUGGAUGUACUGUGGCUGAGAACCUUUGUGUUCGCAGUGGUAUAUGCUGCUGCAGAUGGGUCCCUUGAGACCCCUCCUGAGCUAGUGUUGAUCACCCUCCCUAAGAAGGAUGACAAGGUGGAGACAAAGUAUCUGAACUUUAGUGAAACAGUUUACGGCAGCUGCACUGAGCGACAACACCACUACUUCCUCAGCCAUGUAGAGGACUGGGACCUCAUGUUUGCAGCAUCAGCAGCUUCUAUUGAAGUCAGCGUCAUAGCAGCCAGGCCAGAGGACAAGAUCUGGGAACUUUGGGUCCUGGAAGAUGCGAGUAGGGCUGAGCUUCCAGUGACGGAGACAAAUGAAGACACUCUGCCCCUUGGCUUAGCCAUAGACUUCACCAGCCAACAGGAGAUCCACAUCACUGACGAGAAGACCUUACCCCCAGCGCCUGUUAUGCUGAUGCUAUCCACAGAGGGAUUACUCUGUCCAUUUGCUCUGCUCAACCUCAACCCUGGGGUUAAACAGCUGGUGUCAGCCCCCUCUGUUCUCACCUUGGAGGGGGAGAGACUGCCCAAGCCAGGUUCUUUGGCAGCCCAACCACCCAAAAUUGCUGCCUCCAUCCCAUCUGCCCCGGCAGCAUUCCCAAGCCUCGGCCUCACAUCAGCAGCUGCUUCCACUCCUCCAGCCCCUGCUGCCUCUUCCUCCGCUGCCCCGUUCAGCAUUGUUCCCACAGCUCCUGUGUUGGCGGUUACAUCAUCAUCAGGGUUCAGUUUUUCAGUCCCAAGUACAUGCUCCAUCUCUGCCCCUUCAGCUUUCCCCCUGGUGGUAUCCACACCUUUUGGCUCUUCAGGAUCCUCAGGCUUCUCAUUUGCCUCCAAACCUCCCUCUGACUCUCCCUCAGCACUUUCAGCAUUUUCUUUUACUCCUUCCAUCAAACCAUCAGCGGUGGCAGCUCCAGCUCCAGCUCUGACACCCCAGACUGUUGCUACUGCCUCUCCACCAAUGGUGAAACUUAAUCUAAAUGAGAGGUUUUCAGCAGUAGAGACCCCUGCACCAUCCCCACAGUCUUUCUCUUUCAAUCCCUCGCUGCCCAAAACAGUUGUCUCCACCUCCAGUAGUUUGGCCGCCCCUCCACCCUCAGCCACUAAGCCACCAGCUGUACUGGCUCCAGUGCGUCCAGUUCAAACCAGCACACCACCCGCAAUCAUCCAGAAAUCUGCUCCUGCUGCCCAGGCUCGUGUCCAAACUCCACAGGCAGCUGUCAGUGUGAAGGCCCUGGAAAAGCAGCUACAGCAGAAGAAAGACUCAGAUCCCAUUAUGGCUGGUAUACUGGAGGAGAUUGCACACUUCCAGAAGGAGCUAGAUGACCUAAAGGCACGAAGUGCAAGAGCUGACUUCAAGGUUGGGACCAAUGAAGAGAUGAAGGAGAUGAGGAAGGAGUCAGACGACCUCCAUAUUUUCACCCUGGAGAUCAAGGAAACUACAGAGUCUCUCCAUGGGGACAUUGGUACACUGAAGACCACCUUACUCGAGGGCUUUGCCGGGGCAGAAGAAGCCAAGGCCCAGAGUGAGCUGAGCAGAGACAGAAAUUACAGACAGCUGCUGUACAAAAAACCUUUAGACCCCCGCAGCGAGGAACAGCUUAAGGAGAUCCGCAGGCUAUACCAGUAUGUCAUGUUUGCUGUGGAAGAUGUCAAUGAUGUGUUGGAUGUGGAAUGGGAAAAACACCUGGAGAAGAAGAAAAAGCAGAAACACAUGGUUGUGCCUGGGCGUGAGGGUCUGUUCACUACACUGGCCAACAACCUGUACAUUAUUAACCAGCAGAAGAACAGACUGGACCAGUUGGUUAAGCAACUGACCUCACUGCGCCUCUACAACAAGACUGCUGCUCCAACCAUAAACCGCAGCACUGCCACAGCAACGGCUGCUGGUUUGGAAAGCGAGCUUGAGAGUUUAAGGGAUGCACUUCUGAAAGCCAGGCUGGAUACCACCCCUCCUAAGACCAAAUCCAAAUCUCCAGUCAAGAUAUCGCCAGUGAAACAGUCCCAGCUGCGUAACUUCCUCUCAAAAGGGCAGAUGCCUCCUGUCCGCUCAACUGCACCAGCCAACCUGUCUCGCUCAGCCUUCCUUUCACCCAAAUACUAUGAGGACCUGGAUGAUGUGAGCUCUACGUCCUCCCUGUCCCAGUCCCUGGAGCCUCACCCGGCUGAUUUGGAGUUAGAGGAAGAGGAACUGCAGCCAGAAUCUCUUCCUCUUACUGUCAUACCCCCAGCAUUGGCCACCCCCCGCCACCCCACAGUCGUGAGGACCCCUUCUAUCCAGCCAGGCUUCGGGGCCAUUCAGUCCACACCUUUAACUAAAAUUCACUCAGUACCGGGAAUUGGCUUUGGACUCAGCCCUAUUCCCAGCCCUGUUCCAACAAACAAGAUCAACCUCAGUGGGGCUGAAAGUACUGCUCUUGCCACAAAGACAGUAAAACAUGGAGCUCCACCAACUGAGAGGACCGUCCCUGUCACCAUCCCCGCCCAGCAGGCUGCAGCCACUGCGGCUCUACGCAGGCAGAUGGCCAAUCAGAAAACUGUUGUCGUCAGUACCUCUUUGACAGAGUCAACUUUGAAGACUGUUCCUCAUGUGGUCAAUGUCCAGGAGCUGAAGGAAAAGGGGCCUUCUAUGCCGAUUUCCAAUAUUAUGAGCUCAUCAGUACCAGAUCCAGCUGCUACCGUCUUUGCAACAGUUUCUGCCAACCAGGCCAAACGAAAUCCUACCCAAGGUGUCCAGAAGAUUCCUGCUGAAAGCACAGCUGCCCCACAGACAAGCUUUGUGUUUGGUCAGUCAUCCAAAACCGAUGUUUCAGUGGCCCCUGCUAGCUCAGCAGAGCAAAGCAAAGGUUUCUCUUUUGGGACCACAGGCUUCAGUUUUACUUCUGUCUCACAGGGAGCUGGAAUCUCACAAGCAAAGGAUGUGAAUAAAUUUUCCUUUGGUGGAAAUGGCAAAGUGAUGUUUGGCCAUACUGGAGAGGAGCCAUUCUCCCUCACCCCAAAGUCCACCUCCCCUGCUCUUGGCACAGCGUCUCCCACCCCACCUUCAAACAUGUCGGGGGACAAAGCAGCCUCCACCACAACUCCCCUCAGGAUAGAGCCACAGCCCGUUAAGCCAGGAGGAGAGACUCUGGGCUGUUUCUCUGGAUUACGUGUGGGCCACGGAGAAGAGGCAAAAGAUUCAGCCACCAAACCUGCUGCUGGCUCAUUUACCUUCGGGGAAUCUGGUCUUAGUAUUGGCAAGGGAGCAGCACAAUUUAGCUUUGGUGCAGGUCUCCAAAAGUCUGCAGAAGAUUCUGCAGGAGCAGACUUGUCCAAAGGAGCAGUGUCAGGCAGUUUGUUCAAGCCCCCUGAACCAAACCCCAAGCCAGCAUUCUCUGUUCCCCAGCCCAGCUCAACUGCCUCAGCGUUACCAACGUCUUUCUGCAGUCUUCUUGCAGCUCCGUCAGAGUCCUCAGAGGAACCAAAAGUUUCCCCAGAACCCUCAGAACCCACUCCACCCCCUGAAAAAGACGCUGAAGCUGCACCCGAUACUGAGCGCUUCAGUCCCAUCGGAGUUCCUGAGCCUGCAGCGAAUGCAGCCGUCACAGAAACCACAGCAGCCACAGUUACAGCACCAACUCCUCCUUUGGCUACAACUGCCCCUACCCCUGACCCUUCCACCUCCAUCACAACUGAAGCAACCCCUCCAACACCAGCCAGUACAGCUCCCACAAUAGAAGCCACCCCAGACAGCAGCACCACCACUGCUCCUGAGCCCGGUCAAGCUGCUGACGCCGCUGCCUUAGCUCCUGUCUCCCAGGCCGCUCCAACAGCCUUCCAGGUGCCCACUUCUGAAAAACCAGGUUCCAUUUUCACUCAGCCUGCUCCUGCGACAACUGACAGCAGUUCCCUCGGAGUUACACCAGUUAUCAGCACAGUUGCUGCUGCAGCCACCACUCCCGUCCUGACUGCUGUUAACAGUACAACAACUACUGCUGCUAGCACUGUGUUUGGGCAACCUGCUGCACCUCCAGCCUCCUCAGCCCCCUCAGCUCCCUCAGCCCCUUCAGCCCCCUCAGCCCCUUCAGCCCCGACAUCCACAGGAUUUGGCUCAACUGCUUUUGGUACAUCUACUGGAACUGGUUUUGGUAAAUCUGUGUUUGGCCAGGUGAGUGGCUUUGGCCAGCCCGCCACCAACACUGGAACAGCCACUGGCUUUUCUUUUGGUCAGUCAGCAUUUGGAGCAAGUUCUAACAGUGCAACUACUGGAGGAGGUCUUUUUGGUGCUGCUACUGCUACCAAUGCUAGUUCCUUCUCCUUUGGCACGAGCAGCGCCAACACAGCCAGCAGCACUGGUUCAGGGCUGUUUGGACAAACCACAGCACCAGCAUUUGGCCAGAGCUCUGGAUUUGGGCAAGGGUCUGUGUUUGGGAGUAACACCACCACAUCCUCAUCUUCAGGAUUCAGCUUUGGACAGCCCGCAGCUUUUGGCUGCUCUUCAGCCACCCCUGUGUUCGGCCAACAAGCUAGCAGCGGGAGUGUUUUUGGACAGCAGCAACCACCAUCCGGUGGGACUUUGUUUGGUUCAAAUGCAGCCAGUACAGCGGGCUCAGCUGCUGGUGGAGGGUUCUUUUCUGGACUCGGAGGCAAACCUAGCGAAGACGCUGCCAACAAGAACCCGUUCGGCACCACAGCCUCCACAGGAGGGUUUGGACAACCAGCUCAGACAGGUACCAACAGUCUGUUUGGGAAUAGCGGCGCCAAGUCCUUUGGGUUUGGUCAGUCCUCCUUUGCUGAGCAGAAACCUAGUGGGACCUUCAGUGCUGGUUCAGGGAGUGUAGCAUCCCAGGGAUUUGGCUCCUUCUCUACUCCGACAAAAGCAGGUGGAUUUGGCAGUGCUCCGGUGUUCGGGAGUCCCCCAUCCUUUGGUAGUCCCCCAGCAUUUGGUGCAGGAGCAACAUUUGGCUCGAGCCCGUCCUUCAGCAGCAACAUGGGUCCCUCCGCUGGUAAAGUUUUUGGAGAGGGAACAGCGGCUGCCAACAUGGGAGGAUUUGGGUUUGCCUCACCUCCCAGCGGCCCAUCCUUUGGUGCACUAGCCAAUCAGAGCGCUCAGCCUUCAUUCGGGAGCCUGGCUCAGCAGAGUUCUGGGUUUGGACAGCAGCCUAGCAGUUUCUCAGGCUUUGGACAACAGCCACAGGCAGGAGGGUUCUCUGGAAACACCUUUGGGUCUUCAAACCAAUCAAGUGCACAAACAUUUGCCAGUUGGAGAAGCUAGUUUUAUCAAACCUCCACAUCACUGCCGCAGUACUUUCUGCAAUCAAGCUCUUUGUGCCACAUAAGGGGUGAAGGGAAAACACGUGAAGAUUGUGUUGCAUUUGGGUUUAAAAAAGUGAAUUUGAAGAUAGAUAUACUUGCGUUUUGUUUUUAGAAAACUUUUGUAUAAUUUUUAAAACAAAGUUUUCAAGCAGCCCAUAGACAUAUAUAUUUGUUUGGCAAGCUUAUAUCUCGUCCCAGUGUUUUAGGACACAAGAGAAUCGAGUCCAUGCAAACUGAGGACGGGUUAGUGUGGGGUACCUGGAACAACAGGCUUCCUACAAGCUUUUAGAGCAACAUAGAAACUGCAAAGCUCCAUAGCCUCCAGAAAAUGUAGUACAUUGCUCCACAUGGAUGCAGUUUACAGACUUGACAUACUUUGUUAUAAUAUUCAAACUCUGCAGUGAUUUUAGCACCUGGGGUCGUUUCAUGUCCAAAGUUUUUGUUUCUGCACUUUUAUAACAAUGAAAUGCACAGAAACUUUCAUGUCUCUGAACAAUUCACUUUUUCACUGAAUUGUGAGAAAUUGUCCUCUUAGCAUGGCUAUACAAAUCAACAUUCAGUCAAGUCAUAUCUGUCAGUACAAUAGCAGAUAAAUGUCAAGGCUGCACACCCAUGUAGAAUUUACCAAAAAUAAAACAAACCCAAUAUUUUGAACUGUUAUAAAAACCUGUGGUCUGACGUAAACAAAAAGUUAUAUUUUCUUUUUCAAAUGAUUUUUGCAGAAAACCCCCGCUUGAUGUA